UUGUGUACAGAACACACACCUUUCUAUUUAAAAACAUUAUCCGCGAAUCUUUCCGCCUGAUGAAACGCUGUCCAAAUUCCAAGAGGACCUGCCCCCUGCUGGCUUAGCUGAAGCCCUAAGGCGUCAGGUGUGUACCUAACUGUGAGAGUUGUGCUGCCCCGCGUCCAGUGGAGGUCAAAAGGGUAUCACACAGGUGUCCGAGGUCACAUUAUCUUCUUAUAACUCCGAGUUAACAUGUUUCAAAGAGUGGACUUCAACGGUUACCGUUUGACGGGACAGGAAGGGAUGUGAGUAGACCGGAUACAGAAAUAAGGAACCUGUUCUUAAAGGAGUCUUGCCAAGACACGCCUCGAUGACCGGGGAUGCCGAGUCCUUCCAGAUAUGCCAGGUCUCUCUGUAAACAGGCGGCGCUUAUAGUAAACAAGGAGAUUCACACUUCGUUUCCCCAUCGACUUAUCGUCGGACAGGAUCGCUCGCGUAGGAAAAUGAGUCUGCAAAUCCACGAAAAGAAGUACCUGAACGGCGAUCCUGAACACAAUGACGGCGUGGACUUCAAGAAGGGAGGCGGUCUGUCCACUCGGGAGGUCAUCCUCAUCCUGGUGUUGAUUGUUGUGACCGUAGCAGGUGUUGCGGCCAUCAUCGUGCUGGCCACUCAGAAAUCUUCUCCCGAAGAAGUAGGAUUUUGCAACACACGAGAAUGCGCAAGCACAGCUGGAUUUCUGAUCGACAACAUGGAUCCCGAUGUGGACCCUUGUGACAACUUUUUCGAGUUCGCCGUGGGAGGCUGGAAGAAGAACAAUCCCAUCCCCGACACGUCCUCCAGCUGGAGCAUGUACAGUGUGCUGAGGGAGAGGGUACAGUACAUCGUAAGAGAUAUUCUGGAAGAGCCCACAGCGGACGAUGAGAUCGAAGCUGUCAAAAAAGCCAAGGACGUUUAUCAGUCUUGUAUGGACUUAGAUACGAUCGAACAGCGGGGUACCCAACCCCUACUGGACUUCCUCCAGGGGCCCCUCAAAUGGCCAGUCAUCGACAAUACUUUCGACGAGAGUAAAUUUGACAUCUUAGCCACCAUGUUGGCCCUUAGAGCCUACAACAAUGACCUCCUCAUUGAGGCUAGCGUGUCCGUAGACUCCAAGAACUCAUCCCUCAGAAUCAUCACCGUGGACCAGCCGUCACUAGGCCUGGGAAGAGACUACUUCAUAGAUGAGGGCUACUCUACGCAAAAACAGGCAUACUUUGAACUGAUGGUGAAAGCUGCAACCGCUCUGGGCGCCGACGUCAAUACUGUCAGAGAGGAGAUGAACAAGACUUUGGAAUUGGAGACGUUCCUCGCUGAGAUUAUGGUACCAUCAGAAGACAGACGGGAGAGUGAGAACCUGUACAACAAGAUGACAGUUGGGGAAAUGCAAGCCAAUAUCGCUCCGGAGGUUGACUGGCUCCUGUACCUGAACACGCUGUCUGACGCCUAUCUCUUUAACGAGACCACCGUGAUAGACGAGUCCGAGCCUGUCAUCGUCCAGGCGCCGCCAUACCUCAUGAACCUGAGCAGGGAGGUCUUCUCACCCGACACAACGUGGGAUAACAAAACCAUCGCCAACUACAUGGUGUGGCGCAUCGUGAGGAACCGUAUCAACAACCUGGGGAAGGAGUUCCGUGACAUGGUGUUCGAGUACAACAGGGUCCUGUCCGGGGCCGACCAGGUCAACCCCCGGUGGAAGACGUGCAGCAGUUACGUGGAGGGGAACUUCGGCGCUCCUCUGGGAUACAAAUACGUCAAUUCAUACUUCUCAGCAGAUAAGAAAACACAGGUAAUAGGCAUGAUUGAAAGAGUUCGUGACGCCUUUAAGAAGCAGAUUGACGAAUUGGAGUGGAUGGCUGAGCCGGACAAGAUCGUCGCAAAAGACAAGGCUGACGCAAUCGACCCCAAAGUUGGAUACCCAGAGUGGAUGUUGAACACUACAGAGUUGAAUAAUGACUUUGAGGCGUUGAACACCAGCGCUGAUGACUACUUCGGAAACGUUGUCCGGUAUCUCCAGUACACAGCGCAGUCCGGCUUCGCCUACCUACGAGCUCCCAUCAACCAAAGCAGCUGGUCUACUGCUCCAACCACAGUGAAUGCCUUCUACCUCCGCAGCAAGAAUCAAAUCCGAUUCCCCGCCGGAGAACUGCAGUUCCCGUUCUACUGGGGAACGGACGUACCGAUGUACCUCAGCUACGGGGCGAUAGGUGUCGUCAUCGGCCACGAGAUCACGCACGGGUUCGACGACCAAGGUCGGAAGUACGACAAAGACGGGAACCUGAACCAGUGGUGGAGCAACUCCUCUAUCGAAAACUUCAUCAACAAAAGGCAGUGUAUCAUCGACCAGUAUGACAACUAUUACUUCGCCGAAGCAGGAAAGAACUUGAGCGGAUAUCGAACACAGGGAGAAAACAUAGCUGACAACGGUGGGAUGAAAGCAGCUUUCAGGGCAUAUCGGGAGUGGGUGGCGGAGAGAGGGUCCGAGGAACAGCUGCUGCCGGGAAUAGGGCUGACUCAGAACCAGAUGUUUUUCCUCAACUACGCAAACCUGAGAUGUUCUCAGUACCGGCCCCAGGGUGCGGAGCGGGCCUGGCAGGGUGUUCACAGUCCCGGGCAGUUCAGGGUAAUAGGUUCCAUGUCGAACUUCGAGGAGUUCGCCAAAGCUUACAACUGUCCGGUGGGAACAACCAUGAACAGGGGGGAUCAGCGCUGUUCCGUGUGGUGAGGGAAACAACACAGACAGACGUCAUACUACCACCCCACUAGGGCGGUGACCUCGCUGCGACCGCACUACGACCGAACAUUUAACAGAGCGGCCAACGAAUCGUGUUUUGUUGUCUUUUCAACCAUACUUUUACAAUUUGAAUGAUAUUCUAGAUCAUAAAUCAGAACAAUUACAAAUUACACAAAUCCAAUUUAGGUGGCAGCGAGGUCGCAGCGCGAUCGCCGUCUAGUGAUCAAAAUUGUGAGGCAGAGGAAAAGUGUUUGUGAUUCUAUAAAGACAAAGCAUAUUUUUGUAAUCGACAAGUAUUAGCGUUACAUGAAAAAAUGAUUGGGAUGUAUGCAGUUAUUCUCAUAUUAUGCCGUGUAUGAUGCGUUUAUCACAGAUAUGAAAUGGGCUGAGGACAAAAACAAUUUUGUUUCUUUUCAAUAAUGAUGCAUACUGUCAAACCAUAUGUAUGUGUAGUGCUGAUGUAUGUCGCCAGGUGGCACUGAUGUGCGUGGAGCCAGCUGGGCAUUGUGGGGGGGGGGGAACAAUCAUUGUCAGUUGAAUAUAUGUAUUUCUUGCUUUCUAACGAAUUCAUACUGUCAUUCAUCAGUGGAUUACCAUUGAUGGUAUCACAUAAAGGUCAUGUUGAUCUUGGUUCAGCUUUGUAUCAUCAAUGUCAAUAAAGAUAUUUUACAAUGACUUGUAAUAGUGUUCACGACAUCCCAAUAAAAAAUUCUGAAUUAAUAUCUUUUGUUAUGCCCUAUAUUACUCUUUAUAACCUGAUAACUUAAUGAUGCGGGUUCCUUGUUGAUGUGGUUAUCUGUUUUUAUCUCUGUUGAUGAUGAAGCUUAGAAUGAAAAUCUAAUAAACAAAUAAACAAACAAACAAACAA